UGCAGGUAAGAGAAACGGCUGUUUUCAGGUUGGAGUUGACGCACAGACAAAGCAGCAGCGAGGCUGAACCGCGCCCGAUCACACAGGACUUUUCUUUUUUAAUCUCCUCGUGCAGUCAUGAUUUUGAGGACGCGAUGGCUCCAGCUGUUCCUGUGUUUGUGUUGGACUCAGACGUGUCUGAUGCAACGCAAAGGUUUAACAGGCACAGAGACUGUAGAUGGGGUCUGGGUCUCCGGCCAGGCUGAAGAAAUCCUGACCAGUCGUCUAACAACCGUCUUCCUCCCAGUCAUCUACAUCAUUGUGUUUGUUGUGGGGCUCCCCACCAACGCCUUGGCCAUUUGGGUUUUCCUCUUUAGGACCAAGAAAAAGAACCCAGCUUCCAUCUACAUGGCCAACUUGGCUCUGGCCGAUCUGCUUUUUGCCAUUUGGGUCCCCUUGAAAAUAGCAUAUCACUUCAACGGCAACAACUGGAUCUAUGGGGAUGGGCUGUGCAAAGUGCUGGUGGGAUUUUUCUAUGGCAACAUGUACUGCUCCAUUGCCUUCAUCGCCUGUAUGAGUGUCCAGCGUUACUGGGCUGUGGUUCACCCCCUAUCCCAGAAGCAGAAGGACACCCGUGUAGCUGUUUUCAUCUCUAUCGCAGUGUGGGUGGUGGUGUGGCUCAUUACCAUCCCUCUCUACCUGUACGAUCAAGAAGUGAAAGCAUUAAACCUCAACAUCAUGACCUGCCAUGACAUCACCCGGCCCAGUCAGAAAAACAUGGCAGCAGGCUACUUCCUCACCAUGGGAACCGUGGGAUUUGUCAUCCCCACAAUAGUGUGCAUCAUAUCCUACGUCCUCAUGCUCAAAGCUCUCAGAAACAGCAUGGCAGAUCCUUCCAUCGCUAAGAAGCGCAGAAAGGCUGUAGUCCUGAUCAUCACUGUCCUGGUUAUGUUUUUAGUCUGCUUCACCCCCAGCAACAUCAUGCUGCUGGUGCACUACAUCCUUUUGUUGGGUUCGGUGAACAACAACAUGUAUGGAUUUUACAUCACCACCCUCUGCUUGGCCAGUCUGAACAGCUGCCUGGACCCUUUUGUGUACUACUUCAUCUCUGAAGACUUCAGGGAGCAUGUGAAGAACACGUUCCUCUGUAGGAGUGAGAGGACAGUGGAGAGGAUGAGAGUCUCCUUCAGUGCUCUGAAAUUCUCCAAAAGGAGCAACACGUAUACGUCUGACACGGGGAAUACACAGAGCAGCAGCUGUUAAUGUGUCAUUGCUUCAUGAGUUUUAUUUCUUAUCAGUACACUCAGGUGGAUCUUCAGGUUUAGUAUGAGGUGUAUUUGGUGUGAGGGAAACAUGUAAACACUGACCUCAUGGAAAUUUUGAGCUAAGUAACUGGUUUUUGUUUUGUAAAUACAUUUUGAAAUAUGUUGUCUCCUAAAUAUUUAAUGACACAGAUGUCAUUUAAUGUUCUUUUUUUUGUGUAUUCCACUGUUUAGCCGGGAUAUGAAUGACUACUUUGAUAAGUUUAAUGUUUCUUCUUUCAUGUUGUAAUUGUUUCAGAGAUUAAUUUCUUAUGAUUUAAGUAUGUCAGAAGGUUACAAGACCCAUCCUUUUAAAUGGGCUAAUUUUACAUAAUAAAGGGUUAUAUAUA